ACGAGCGUUUGUUACGGUUUUAUAAAUUUAUAAUUUUUUUUUUUUUUAAAGAAGUACAAUAUGUCCGGACGUGGGAAAGGUGGUAAAGUAAAGGGUAAAGCGAAGUCACGGUCAAAUAGAGCUGGAUUACAAUUUCCAGUUGGCCGUAUCCAUCGUCUUUUAAGGAAGGGUAAUUAUGCCGAACGUGUUGGAGCCGGAGCGCCAGUAUAUUUGGCGGCAGUAAUGGAAUAUCUAGCUGCUGAAGUUCUCGAGUUGGCAGGAAAUGCUGCUCGUGAUAACAAAAAGACAAGAAUUAUUCCGAGACAUUUGCAAUUGGCGAUCCGAAAUGACGAAGAAUUAAAUAAAUUGUUGUCUGGCGUGACUAUAGCUCAGGGUGGUGUCUUGCCAAACAUACAAGCUGUUUUGCUUCCAAAGAAGACAGAGAAGAAAACAUAAUUAAAAAUAUGCAAAUAGAAACGGCCCUUUUUAGGGCCACCAAAUUAAUUUUUUUCUUAAGGAAUCAUUUCGUUUCGAUUACAAGAAUGGCUAUAUAAUAUAAUAUAUAAGGACAGGUUAUAUAUAUAAUAUUUGCGUAGAUAUCCCGAAAUUAUGGCCUUAAGAGACCCUAAGAAACGAAUAUAUCGCACUUUACAGAUACCGAUAAAAAGAUUAGAGUUUCCGGCCAACUAAGUGCUCAUAGGUCUGGCAUUGGAAACAUUGAAUAUUCUUUGUUUGAAAGUUCCUUCUAAUAUAUACUUGUACUGAAAACUAGGCGUGUUUUAUUGAUAUCAUUGAAAAAUCUUCCCAAGGGAUAGAAGUAGAAAAAAGGAUUUUCAUUACAUUGAGUGAUAGGGAAAAACUCCUUUUUUUUACUCUAUGAUUUAUUAAGAGUUCCAUUUUUUAAGUUUUUAUUUAUUGGUUCUCUAUCUUCUAGAUUUAGAACUGGCGAGUUAAAUAAAUUCUGUCGAGUAUUUUAAAGUAAUUCCUAAUUAAAUUGAAUAAAUUAUUUGAGUUUGAAAAAUAAAGGUAAUAAUUUUAUAAAGAAUGCUAGAAAGAGUUAAAUUUAUAUCAAGAUAAAGCUAAAUAAACAAUGUUGAUUAAAACUAAGCGCAUAUAUAUUGACAAGAAAGUAUCGCAUUGAUUACUCUAACCAAAGCUAAAAAUAUCUAUAUAUCACGAGAACUAACGUUCAAAUCAUUGGAAUUACUUUAUAUGCUUGGUCCAUUCGUAUAUGAAUGUUUAAAACGAAACAUCAAUCGGAGGACAUAGCUACGGAGUAACUAUUCUAUAUUAAGAGACGAAUAGACGACGAGACGAAAGUUUAUCUGUAAUAAUUUGAAAAAUAUUUCAUCGUAGUCAAUAAUUUGAAAAGUAAUUUUUUUCCGUAAGCAAACUU